UUCUUUGCUCCGUUUCGAACUUUAAUCGAUUUACUCGUUACGAUUUACACGAUUCGCGCGCAUCUUUCCCGGUACGUGAAACGACUCCGCCGGUAAAAUUUCAACGACACGAAACGAAAGAAGAAAAAGAAGACAAGGAGGAGAUAGAAAAAGAAGAAGCGGGUAUUACGAGUCGGUUAAGCUCGAAUUUCGAUUCGUCGAACAAGGCUUACGAUCGCGAGGGUUGUUUAAACUGUCUCGAGUCGAUACCGUACAUCGAUCAAACGGACGAAUCGUAUCCCUGGAACGAGCGGUGUUGCGAGUGUCGAUUGAUCGGAGGAAAUUCGAACGAUAACGUAGCCGGUAUUUCGCGAAUACGUUCCACGCCGUUCGAGGCUAUCCGCAACGAUUUCAAGACGCGCGUCGAGGAUCGUUCGCGUUCCAAGUGGGACGAUAACGACAACGACAACGACAACGACAACGACAACAAGGACGAACGCGAAACUCCGAACGGGGAGCGAAAAAUGCGGUGCGAUAAUAGGGAGAGUCGCGGAAACGAAAGUAGGGACGGUAGCGAGAGCGUGGCAAGAAUCGACUCGAAAACGAGCGUAAAGCAGAAAGAGGAAGAAACGAUGUCUAUCACGCGACGUGUUUGCGCUUCCGAAGAGGGACAAACGGAAGAUGCGUUGUUAACGUCGACCGCGGACGUGACGAUGCUCGAACUGAAUCUCGAUCUAUCCGGUUUGGACAACGAUACCUCGAACAAUGUCUCGAGCGACCUAUCGAGCGACUUCUCCAGUGUCCACGGUUCCUACAAGUGUUGGAAAUCCCCGGAGGAGGUACGACUCGGCUGCGGUCGAGUGGCGGCACUAGCCAGAUACUUUUCGAAAUUGGACGAAAUCGAAAGCAUAAUUCGCGACAAAUCAAGAUCGAGAUCGCGCGAUUUACAGGAUUAUCGUAGAUUCGUGUCCGAGCCCGACUUUACUUCGAUCGAGAUGAGCGAGUUAGGCGAGGCUGACGAGAUAGACGAGACAGGCGAUAUAGGGAAAAUAGACGAAACGGAUUCUGAAAUGCGCCAUCGCGGUCGCAACCGCCGACGUCGUAGCCGUUUGUCUCGUCUCGUCGAUAAACGUUGCCGAUCCGAAUUGGAUAUGAGAAACGACUCGAACGAACGUCGGGUCAAGGAUAUUUGCUGGUCGGCUGGAAAGUUGACGCUCGAAAACUCGAGCACGGAUACGGUGGAUGAUAACGAGAGAGAAAAAGAAUCUCCGACGAACGAUAAAAAGAGAAAGUUGUCGUUAGCCGAGCAACGACGCGUGAUCGAGCAGCUCGAAGAAAUGUCUAAUCUCGAAGGCACGAUCGGCACACCGUCGAUAUUCCAGUUAGCGGUUUUGUCCGAAUGCUCCGAAUCGCGAUUAGAUCCCCGUUGGAUCGUCGACCUUCCAACGAAUACCGUUCGUCGAAUCGACGAUAACUUGCUCGACGAUCGAUGGAAGAAGCAACUUGCCGUUUCCUGUCCGAAUCUGGACAGCGCGAGAUCAUUGGUGGAUCCCGCGAACCGGUUGGAUUCCGGUUUCUUGGCUAAACGAGACUCCCGCGUCCACGCUCGAAUCUCGUAUCAACGACCGCGCGAUUCGUAUGGUCGAUCCGAGAAAGCAAAAUCGACUACCCUCUAUCGUGCUACGCGUUCGGCCAGUUUGGAUUUCGGUGCCGAGAACCAAAAGCGGGAAAUUCGCUCGCGCGAAUACGAAUUGUCGCGACGUUCGAUUUCGAAUUCGAACGUCGACGACAAAAAUCAUAGUUACGGUCAACGAGAGGAAAUUCGAGAUAACGGAAGUAGCAACGGCGAUAACGACGAGCAUCGAUUACCGAGUGAAAGAACACCGCCGAUACUUUAUGACGACGAUUCGUUCAUCGUCCAUCGGUACGACGAGAAUCGACAAAAGUCGAUCGAUUCGAUCGCGCACGCGAGAACGUCCAUAGAUGCCGAGACCUUUUUACGUAAGCAAUUCGAACCGACCGUUAUAUGCGCCUGCCUAUCGAUGUUGGACAUGAUCGUUGUACGAAUUAGCGAACGUACAUCGCGCAUGAUAACGUUAUUUUUUCGUCGAUAGUUUUCCUUAACCUUAUUCCACGAUGCAAAUCUUUCCCGCACCGGUCUCACGUUCUCUACACGCACUCCUCGUUUAUUUUAUUCGCGUUGCAUUCGCGUUGCAUUCGCGUAUAUACCAACUUAUAUUCGCGAUCACGAAUCCGCCGCUUCGAUUCCUAAGCUUUGCUCGCUUGCGCUUUACCCUCGUUCAACUUUGACAUUAGCUUUUAAUUAUUUUAUCUUGUUCGCUUUCGUUUAUCCGUGUUCGAGCAUUCUUCGCGUUUCGUACGCGCAUGUCUAUAUCGACGUUGCAUGCGACAUUUGUCUAGCUGUCAGAUUUCUUCUUUCCUGCACGCGUAGGAUUCGCGUUUGGCGAAAAGUCGCGCGGGAAGAACGCGAGUUCGAUCUGCCUCUGUACCGUCCCGCGAGGCUUCUCGUAUCACGCGCGUGUUUCUCGAUCAGCUGUACAAACGUGUAUCUGCAUCGUGUGCUUA